AUGGUACAUUCUGUCGACGAGUUACAGGUAGUCACGGCGGCUGGCGUCAAAGAAGAAGUGAUGAAUACCACACUCAAGCCAACGCUGAAUGGUGUCUUGGAAGAACCUCUGCAAUCCUCAGCUGUAGAAGGUCCGAAAAUGAUCAAUGGCAAUGUCAAAGAUCUAUGCAACAAUUACCAGAUCCGCGAAAGCCCCAUGGGCACCAAACGCAAGCUGAAGGUCAUCUUCAUGGGCAUGGGAUGCAGUGGGAUCAAUUUCGCCCAUCAGAUUGGAAAGGAGAUGGAGAAUGUUGAACUGGUGAUCUAUGAGAAAAACAGCGACAUCGGUGGAACCUGGUUGGAGAACAGAUACCCGGGAUGUGCAUGUGAUAUUCCCAGCGUCUGCUAUCAGUACAGUUGGCAUUUGAAGCCGGAUUGGGAACGCUAUUACUCGGGGUCGAAACAGAUUUACCAGUACUUCCGACAAGUAGCGGAGGACUUCAACGUGAUGAAGUUCGCGCGUCUAAACCACAGGAUCAUCCGAGCCGAGUGGCUUGAAACUGGUGGUCAGUGGAAAGUCACCAUUAUGCGCAACAAUGAUCCCGCUGAUACCUUUGUCGACUACGGGGAUUUCUUCCUCAACGGUGGCGGCGUGCUUAACAACUGGCGAUGGCCUCAGAUCAAGGGCCUAAAUGACUUCAGCGGCCCUCUUCUGCACACCGCUCAUUGGAACGAGAACGUGGAGUUGCAAAAUAAGCGAGUUCUCGUCAUCGGUGCCGGUAGCUCGAGUGUGCAGGUCGUACCGACCAUCAUCGACAAGGUCGAUCAGCUCUACGUCGUUGCUCGAUCACCAAUCUGGGUGACCGCAGGCUUUGCACCCACAUAUGCCGGCCCCAAUGGCGAGAACUUUUACUAUUCGAAACAGACACAGCAGAAAUUCAAAGACGAUCCCCAGUUCUACCUGUCCUACUGCAAAGCCAUCGAGUCCGAGCUGAAUAUCCGCUUCAAAUUCUACAUCAACGGCUCCGAAGAUGCGAAAAUGGCCAGGGAAUACUCAAUCCGCGAGAUGCAGAAGAAGCUGGAGAAGAAGCCCGAGCUGAUGGACAAAUUGAUCCCGUCUAACUUUGGCGUAGGGUGUCGCCGCCCCACACCCGGUAAUGGAUUUUUGGAAGCCUUGACGCUGGACAAAACUACCGUUCUCGCAGAAGAGAUUCAAGAGGUGACACACACAGGAUUCGUCGAUGGCAAAGGCCAAGCGCAUGAAGUGGACGUUAUUAUCUGCGCGACCGGGUUCGACACAAGCUUCCGACCGUCGUUUCCCAUGCUUGUCGACGGGAAGAACCUCCAGGAAGAAUUCGUAAACGGCGAUGUCACAGGUUACUUAGGCCUGUCUAUGCCUUCGGUGCCAAACUACUUUGUCUUUAUUGGGGCUUAUGGCCCGCUGGGCCACGGCUCCGUGAUCCCCAUGGUGGAAGCAUACACCAACUACAUCAUCCAAGUCUUGCAGAAGGUGCAGGUCGAGGACGUCAAGAGCCUGCGUGUCAAUCGAUCGGUGGCAGAGGCGUUCACGCGGCACGCGGAUCUGUACCUGAAGCGGACGGCAUGGUCAGGUCCGUGCAGCUCGUGGUUCAAAAAUGGCAUCUCCUCCCGCAAACCUCUUUGCUGGCCGGGUUCACGAGUGCAUUACCUGACGAUGCUGCAGAAGCCCCGCUUCGAAGACUUUGACCUGGACUAUCUGUCGGACAAUCGCUUCAACUUCCUCGGUAACGGGUUCGAUAUUCGCGAAUUUGAUGGAAGAGACAUCACUUGGUAUUAUGGUUUGCUGAACGGUGAGGAUAAGCAGCCUACAUCAUUUCCAGAACCUGUCUAUUGA